UAAAUCAAUGUUUACACAGCGUUAAACGCGCCCUGCAUCCUUUCAGUCAGUUAGUUUGGCGACAAACACAUUACUGGAAUGUCCGACAGUGAUAACAGUGCCCACAUCAAAAGACCCAUGAACGCGUUCAUGGUCUGGUCCAGGAUAAGGCGCAAACACAUCUCGAGAGAUUAUCCGCGCCUCCACAACUCAGAAAUUUCUAAACUUCUGGGCGCAGAAUGGAAGGUCUUACCCGAAGCUGAAAAGCGACCGUUCAUAGACGAAGCCAAGAGACUCAGAAACCAACACAUGGUCGACCAUCCUGACUACAAAUACCGACCAAGACGCAAACCCAAACUAGAACCGAAGGACGCCCGAUUUUUUACACAAACUGUGGACCCCUUGCAGCAAGCGUUCACUAAAGCUUUCUACACCCAAAAUGACGAAACUCAUUCCGGUCCUGGCAUCGGGGACCAAAAAAUAAAUUUCUAUUUGAGGAGUGAUUUUGAGCCGAAUUAUCAAAUGCCGCCUGAACCCAUCAUGCGUUUGCCCUAUUCGGGCGACUAUACAGGGCGGCUGCAAGAAAUGCAGACUUUGCCCCCUUACACGUCCCUGGCUUCGGGCGCCCACCAGCGGGCUUUGCUCCGAGCGGCGUCAAUUUACGCUUAUCACGAUUUGGCUGGAAACUCUCUUCCUGUGUAUUUUCCGCCUCUGUAGCCCUUUUUUCCAAAUAUGAUUAGUGCAGCACGGUGAUAAUUAGUUCGAUUAUGUGCGGUAGAAAAAUGUCGGGCGUUGAACAAAGCUUUAAUUAACAAAACCCAUUACACAUCGCGAUAAUUAAAAAAGUCACCGGCAGACGUAAACAGGAGCAUUGUGAUCGGUUUAUCUGGGGUAUUAUAUGGGGUGUCACGUGUCUGUCGGGGCGUGAUAAGAAAAUUCCCCGGAGACUCCGUUCCUGCUGCAUAUUGAGGGAAUCGAUCGCCACCUAGGUGUGGAAGGUUGCGUUAACACGAAUCGAUGGGAAAGAUUUGACGAUUGUGUGAAUGCGCCUUUAGCGGGAUGUAUUCUUUUACGUUGCUAUAUUACGUAUUGCCGGCGUAUAAAACCGACAACUAAGUUAUUAACUAGAAUAUAUGCAACAAUGCAAUUCUGUAAUGAAUACCGGGUAUUCACCGUGCACCUGCGAUACUCUAAAUUGGUAAUUAGCGAGUGAAGUCGGUGUGAAAUCCGCCGCAGUUCUCACAGUCGAAUGGACAAUAAUAUAAUCACGACGUGGAUGGGGGCGACGGCUGCUAAGCAUGCGACAGGGUUUUGCAAAAUAUUUUUAGAAAAAAAUUCAAUGUGAGCUAUAAAUAAAACUGUAAAUCUGUACAUAAUGUGACCGUGUCAAAUAAAAUUACUGCAAUUCCAAGCACAUUAUUUCUA